AGAAAACACAAGAAGUAGAAAGAACUCCGACACCCCAAAUCAUUAAAACAGAAUAAGAAGACACCCAAAAUAGUGCACUAUAUAGUGAAUAGGGGACGAAUUCAGACACUACUACAGUUUGAGCUCUCAGUUCGAACUGAUGGAAGUGAAAGAGGAAAGUCAAGAGCUGAUUGAUUUGGAGGAGAAACUUCAGUGUCAGAAACAUCAUGAUUUCACAACUGGAGAAGAAUCUUCGAGUUGCUCACCAAAAAAUCCUCAAAGAAGAGCAACCAAAAAUUCUUUAACCUGCUCUCAGUUUGAAAAAUGUUUAACGUAUAAACACAAUCUUAAUAAGCAGACAAGUAUUCAAACAGGAGAAAAACCUUUCACAUGCCAUCAGUGUGGAAAGAGUUUCACAAGUAAAUAUUAUCUUCGAGUACAUGAAAUUGUUCAUACUGGAGAAAUGGCUUUCAUCUGUCAUCAGUGUGGAAAGGGUUUCACACAAAAAGGACAUUUUAUUGAACACAUGAGAGUUCAUACUGGAGAGAAGCCUUACAUGUGCCAUCAGUGUGGAAAGAGUUUUGCAUCUCCAACUUCUUUCAAGAAUCAUCUCCGCCGUCACUCUGGAGAAAGGCCAUUUGAAUGUGAUCAUUGUGGUAAAACGUUUGUUUUGAGUUCAGACCUAAACCAACAUCUGAAACGGUACACAAAUGAGAAGCCUUACAAAUGUUAUUUUUGUGGAAAGGGUUUUGCACGCCUGUGCUUUUUGAAUGCGCACCAGAAAAUACAUGCCGGCUUGAGGCCUCAUAAGUGCUUUGAAUGUGGAAAAACAUUUACAGCAGUUUCCAACAUGGAAAAGCACCAAAGAAUUCAUACUGGAGAAAAACCAUACAAGUGCACACACUGUGGAAAGAGUUUCACUCGGUCAGACAGCUUGAAAACACAUGAGAGAAUCCAUACUGGAGAAAAACCAUACAAGUGCUCACACUGUGGAAAGAGUUUCAAUGUGUCACAAAGCUUGAAAACACAUGAGAAAGUCCAUACUGGAGAAAAACCAUACAAGUGCUCACACUGUGGAAAGAGUUUCACUAUUUUAAAAAAUCUGAAAACACACAAGAGAAUUCAUACUGGAGAGAAACCUUACAAGUGCUCACAUUGUGGAAAGAGUUUCACUUGGUCACAAAGCUUGAAAACACAUGAGAGAAACCAUACUGGAAAAAAACCAUACAAGUGCUCACACUGUGGAAAGAGUUUCACUGUGUCACAAAGCUUGAAAACACAUGAGAGAAUCCAUACUGGAGAAAAACCAUACAAGUGCUCACACUGUGGAAAGAGUUUCACUGUGUCACAAAGCUUGAAAACACAUGAGAGAAUCCAUACUGGAGAAAAACCAUUCAAGUGCUCACACUGUGGAAAGAGUUUUGCUAUUUUAAAAAGCCUGAAAACACACAAAAGAAUUCAUACUGGAGAGAAGCCUUACAAGUGCUCACACUGUGGAAAGAGUUUCACUUGGUCACAAAGCUUGAAAACACAUGAGAGAAACCAUACUGGAGAAAAACCAUACAAGUGCUCACACUGUGGAAAGUGUUUCACUGUGUCACAAAGCUUGAAAACACAUGAGAGAAUCCAUACUGGAGAGAAACCAUACAAGUGCUCACACUGUGGAAAGAGUUUCACUUGGUCACAAAGCUUGAAAACACAUGAGAGGAUUCAUACUGGAGAAAAAACAUACACAUGCUCACACUGUGGAAAGAGUUUCGCUAUUUUAAAAAGCCUGAAAACACACAAGAGAAUUCAUGCUGGAGAAAAAUCAUACAAGUACUCACACUGUGGAAAGAGUUUCACUCUGACAAAAAAACUGAAAACACACAAGAGAAUUCAUACUGGAGAAAAACCAUACAAGUGCUCACACUGUGGAAAGAGUUACGCUCGGUCACAAUGUCUGAAAACACAUGAGAAAAACCAUACCACUGCUCUUCAUGUUUCCACAGAGCAGAUCAUGUGGCUCCCAGCUGAUGACCCCGUAGCUGCACAAAUGAAGCUGGCAUCGGCAGAGAUGCUGCAAGCACUGAUUUCUUUUGAUUUUCCCAUGAUAUCAAGCAGAGAGGUACUGAGUUUGAAGAUGUUCAUCAUGAGAGAGCAGGUGGAUGUGAUUCACGCUGGAGAACAGCAGAUGCUGCAGACACCAGUGAAGAUUGAAGUGAAGCAGGAGGAGAUAAAAGAAGAAAACACAACAGAGGAACAACAGAGUGAUGAAGAUGAUGAUGAACAGCAGAUGCUGCAGAUACCAGUGAAGAUUGAAGUGAAGCAGGAGGAGAUAAAAGAAGAAAACACAACAGAGGAACAACAGAGUGAUGAAGAUGAUGAACAGCAGAUGCUGCAGAUACCAGUGAAGAUUGAAGUGAAGCAGGAAGCUAUAAAAGAAGAAAACACAACAGACGAACAACAGAGUGAUGAAGAUGAUGAAGAAACCACAGCAGAGGAACAACAGAGUGAUGAAGAUGAUGAUGAACAGCAGAUGCUGCAGACACCAGUGAAGAUGUGUUCAGUGAAGCUGCUGGACUGCAGGAACCUGAUGAAGAUGAGAGGAGAAACCACAACAGAGGAACAACAGAGUGAUGAAGAUGAUGAUGAAACCACAGCAGAAGAACAACAGCGUGAUGAAGAUAACAAUGAUUUUAUUACUUCAGAGCUUAUGGAAGUGAAAGAGGAAAGUCAAGAACUGAUUGAUUUGGAGGAGAAACUUCAGUGUCAGAAACAUCAUGAUUUCACAACUGGAGAAGAAUCUUCGAGUUGCUCACCAAAAAAUCCUCAAAGAAGAGCAACCAAAAAUUCUUUAACCUGCUCUCAGUUUGAAAAAUGUUUAACGUAUAAACACAAUCUUAAUAAGCAGACAAGUAUUCAAACAGGAGAAAAACCUUUCACAUGCCAUCAGUGUGGAAAGAGUUUCACAACUAAGCAUUAUCUUCGAGUACAUGAAAUUGUACAUACUGGAGAAAUGCCUUUCACCUGCCAUCAAUGUGGAAAGAGUUUCAAAAGUAAAUAUUAUCUUCGAGUACAUGAAAUUGUACAUACUGGAGAAAUGCCUUUCACCUGUCAUCAAUGUGGAAAGGGUUUCACACAAAAAGGACAUUUUAUUGAACACAUGAGAGUUCACACUGGAGAGAAGCCUUACAUGUGCCAUCAGUGUGGAAAGAGUUUCACAUCUGCAGCUAUUCUCAAGGAUCAUCUCCGCCGUCACUCUGGAGAAAGGCCAUUUGAAUGUGAUCAUUGUGGUAAAACAUUUGUUUUGAGUUCAGGCCUAAAACAACAUCUGAAACGGUACACAAAUGAGAAGCCUUACAAAUGUUCUAUUUGUGGAAAGGGUUUUGCACGCCUGUACUUUUUGAACACGCAUCAGAAGAUACAUGCCGGCGUAAGGCCUCAUAAGUGCUUUGAAUGUGGAAAGACCUUUACAGCAGUUUCCAGCUUGGAACAGCACCAAAGAAUUCAUACUGGAGAAAAACCAUACAAGUGCUCACACUGUGGAAAGAGUUUCACUGGGUCACAAAGCUUGAAAACACAUGAGAGAAUCCAUACUGGAGAAAAACCAUACAAGUGCUCAAACUGUGAAAAGAGUUUCACUGGGUCACAAAGCUUGAAACUGCACGAGAGAAUUCAUACUGGAGAGAAACCAUACAAGUGCUCACACUGUGGAAAGAGUUUCACUAGGUCUAAAAGCUUGAAAACACAUGAGAGAACCCAUACUGGACAAAAACCUUACAAGUGCUCACACUGUGGAAAACGUUUCACUCGGUCAGAUAGCUUGAAAUCACACAAGAGAAUCCAUACUGGAGAGAAACCUUACAAGUGCUCACACUGUGAAAAGAGUUUCACUGUGCUACAAAGCUUGAAAACGCACGAGAGAACUCAUACUGAACAAAAACCUUACAAGUGCACACACUGUGGAAAGAGUUUCACUCGGUCAUACAACCUGAAAACACAUGAGAGAAACCAUCCCACUGCUCUUCAAGUUUCCACAGAGCAGAUCAUGUAGUUACUCAUAUGAAAAGUUGUUGCCCAAAAUAGUCACAGAGAGAAGUUUGUCUCCAGGUAAAAUUUUGCUUAAAACCUAUUCACAAAACUGCCAAGAGCAAGUUUUACUAAGGAUAUCGAAGGGUGCUUUCACACUGGCAGUUUAGUUUGAAACAGAGCAUGGUUCGCAUGAAAAAUUGGUAAUGUGAAAGCUGUCAUGUGGACCGGGGAGCGCACCACGGUACCAAACCCGAGACUACCUGUAGGAGGUGGUCUUGAGUUCAGGAAGUAAAGUAACCUGCGCAUGCGUUUUAGCUGAUGACGACAUCAUUAGUUUCGAAAACACAUGAGGAUCCACACAUUCCUGAAAGUCCCAAAAAAGUAAUGACACCACAAUGACAUACAAGUACAAUCAACACUAUAAAUACUGUCUGUCUAUCAGUCUAUACACCUUAUAAAUACUAUAUACAGUGCAUCCGGAAAGUAUUCACAGCGCUUCGCUUUUUCCACAUUUUGUUAUGUUAC